AUGGGCAACUUCUUCACUGCUUCCCCUCCCCCCUGCUGCCUCCUCCUCCUUGUCGUCGUCCGGUCGCCUCGCAGUCGCGAGCCACGGUGCUGACGACGCGAGGCUAACGGGCGACGUGAAGUUUCGAGUCCCCUCGGUAACGCUGGCACGCACCACGCGAACAACAUACGAACAACAUACGAACCACAUACGAACAACGCGCAGACAACGCAGACUGACACACGCGCGCACAAAACACACUCGCACGCAGACACCACGCAAACGACACACAAACCAACACGCUAACGCCACGCAAACAACACACAAACAAUACACAAACAACGCGCAGACAACACACACACACAACACGCUGACACACACACACGCACGCACGCGCGCGCACACAUACUCUCAACAGUGAACACUCGGACCCUGACGCUGCGAUGAGCAGAUUCCCGUGGAUGGGGGAGCGGGCCGCUGUUGGGGUCAACGUGUCCGCGGGAAUGAGUGUGGGUCCCGGGGGAGCGAGACCCCCUCGGUGGGGUCAGUGGGACCCCCCAUCGCCGAGACAGAGAGACAGGAUUGAGCGGCUUCGGACGGAGAUGGCGAGACAUCUCCUGGACGUCUGCGAAAACCGCCGGGGCAUCCCCUGUUACAAGGAACUCCAUAGCUCAUCGGAUUCCUCCAGCAGGAACAAAAGAUUCCGAUGAUUCCGAUCUCCUCCGGGUUGCGCGGGGCCAGGGAGCCGGACACGCCGAGUCGGGCCCUGCCGAGGCUGAACGUUUGGUCGAAGCAGUUUCCCGAUCGUCGAUACCGCGCGGAGGAGCCGUCGCCUAGCAGUGGAUCGAGAAUGGGCGCGUAGACAAACGAGGGGCAGGCGAGGGCGACCGUGCGAGCGAUGGACGUGGACCUGUUCCAUCGUUUCACGCAGCUCCUUGCCGAGGUUCGCUCCCUGAGGCUCCACCUCAACCACGAGUGCGCUUCCUCCUCCUCCUCCUCCAGCAGCAGCAGCAAGAGCAGCACCAGCAGGAACAGCAUCAUCAGCAGCAGCAGCAGCACCAGCGUGGGCGAGCCUUGCGCCUCGACCCCACAUGAUUCGGCCGAGCCUCCUGAACUCAUGACACCACCUCCUCGACCACCGACUCCUCCUCAUCAUCGCCACCGCCUCCUCCUCCAUCGCUGCAGGGACAGACCCAGAUGCCUCCACCUGCCCAACAGCCCCCCGCACUCGCGGGAGACUCAACCCAAGGCGACGGUGGACUCGCAGCACGACGAGGUGGCGCAGGACGAUGUUGGCGGUGACGGUGGCGGCGAGCGGCCGGGCGAUCGGGGGUUGACGCUCGGCUCCGCCGGGAGCUCCGAUUCCGACGACUCCACCUUGCGAUUCCGCGGCCCUCUGCCGAGGCUGAGGAUUUGCGAGACUCCCGCGGAGGCGAGCAGCGCCGAAGAGGAGGACGAGGAGGCCGGGGGAGAGGAGACGAUGGGACGAGGGAGCAGUGCCCCCCUGCCGCGGCUCCCCGUAGUCCCCGGAGCGCCGGGGGCGCACGAGAGACACGGGGGCCACGGAGGGGACGAGGGAGGCGUCCGCGUGGUGGUCGGGUCGGCGGAGCUGCACGGCGAGGGCAGUCGAGGGGAGCACGGAGGAGGCAGGGCCCCGAGAUUCGGGGACCGCUGGCGGUGGCCGGGAGAGGGGACGGACGCGAGCUUCGUGUAGCGUGGGGCGCUCGGCGGUCCACUCGGCCGGCCGGCCGGCAUUGCCGCCGCAACGCCAUCCGUUUCGUUCGUUCCGUUGGGGCAGCCGCAGGUCUCCACCUCGCGCCUCUUCGAGCACACCAGGACAGACGCACGCCUCGACAAAGGUGCCACGCGUAGACGACUCCUGGGGCAAGUGCUGUUUGCGAGCACCUAUUAAAUAAGGCUCACAAGGCAGGGGGG